UGAGCUUUUCAAGAGACCGUCAAAGGAUUACACUAGUGAUCAAAGAGAUUUUGCCUUGUCUUUACACUUGAGUUCUCCAAAGGCAUAUGAUUACCUUCGUGAAACUGUCAAGAUUUGUCUUCCGCACCCAAGAUCUCUGAGACGUUGGAUAGAAAGUGUGGAUUCGGCACCAGGAUUGAAUGUUGCAAUGCUGGAGGUACUUAGAAAAAAAAAAAACACAGUCCCCAGAUGAAUAUACAAGUUGUUGCCUAAUGAUUGAUGCUAUGGCUAUCCGUCGCCACAUAGAUUACAACUGGCAUGAUGGUACGUAUAGUGGCUAUGUAGAUAUGGGUCAUGGUGCUGAAAAUGGGGAAGCUAAAGAAGCUCUUGUCUUCAUGUUAGUUGGACUGAGUGGUGGAUGGAAAGCACCCAUUGCUUACUUCUUCACCAAGGUCUUGACAGCUGAGACCCAGAAGCAACUGGUUCAUCAUACCAUUGAUAAACUGCAUGAAUUAGGCUUUCAGGUGCAUGCAUUAACUAUGGAUGGCCAUGCCACCAAUGUUUCCAUGUGUACUUUGCUUGGUGCUAACUUUGAUUUCACAGGAAAUAAUUUGCAAACAUACAUUACUACUGGUCUACCACACAAAACGUGCAUAAUUUUUGACGUCUGCCAUAUGAUAAAACUUUUGAGAAACAUGCUUCAGGCCUAUGGUGCUUUAGUUACAUCUGAUGGUAAAGUUUCCUGGCAGUACCUGAGUUUGCUCAAUACAGUGCAGGAAGAGGACGGUCUUAGAUUGGGUAAUAAGAUAUCAUCUCGUCACAUCAUGUUUUUCAAGCAGAAAAUGAAGGUGUCAUUAGCUACACAGCUAUUCUCUUCAUCUGUUGCCAAGGCUCUACGUACCAUGAAAGAUAUUGGUGAUAGGAGGUUUGAGGAUUGUCUUGCAACUGUAAAGUUUAUUGAGGUCAAUGUGUGGGAAAGGUUUAAUUAUUGCAAUUGAAUCUACAUUGACCAUAGCACACCAAGUUCUUGGUAAUCAGAAAUAUCUGCUAUGCUACAAAUUAAGCCAGGACCACUUAGAAUUGUUUUUCAAUGCGAUCCGGCGGGGUGGUGGUUGGAAUAACAAUCCCUCUGCAAAAGUUUUUGAAAGCUCUUUCAAGAGAAUCAUUACCCAUUGUGGUGCUUUGAAGGUUUCCAAAGAAGGGAAUUGUAUCGCCCAGGAUGACACAAGUCUUGUGCAAGCCAGUACAUCGACUUACUUGCCACCAGAUGCAGGGAAAUCGGAAAAUGAUGAUGAUGGUAAUGGUGAACUUGACUUGUAUGAAGUAGAAGCAAGGAACCUCUUGGACCACAGCUACAGCAAAAACCAACUGUCUUUGGUUACCCUGAAUAUCAUUGUGUACAUUUCAGGGUGGAUCAUCCGUAAGCUUUCAACACAGUUGUCAUGUCAAAUCUGCAAAGAUUCUUUGACUGGGUAUCCCUCUGAUAACUGUGGUGUCUUCCAUCUUUUGAAGAACAAGCAAAAUGGUGGACUGUUGACCCCAUCACAAAGUCUAGUGUACGUAGUGAUGUCUGCAGAAAAGCACUUAAGGAGGAUGACAGAUGUUUGUCGUGUGAACUCUUCAUUAAACUUGUUGCGUCUUCAAACAUGUGUUUUAACAGACUGUCUUGCUGUUGAUUUAUUUGACUCAAACCAUGGCUAUGAAACUCAUGAAGGUGUUGAAAACCAUAAUUUGUCUUUAAUUAGAUCAGUUGUCUCAGUUUUCUUCAAACUAAGACAGCAUCACAUUGUAAAACUGCACAACCUCCACAAGCAAUUUGAUAACUGCAGACACACUUUAACAAAGUCCAUUUUGUUUAAAGGACAAUGAGCCUUUAUUUUUUAUAUGGAAAGUAGAGGCACCCAAUCUUACUAGAAAACUGGUGUAUGUAGUAAUGUCUGCAGAAAAGCACUUAAAGAUUGGUUCCCGCGUACAAACUGGGUGAUUUAAUGGUAUAUAUGGACUAAAAACAUAUUCAAACUAAUUAAUUUGUCAUAAUUAUGCUUCAAAUCCUUCUCAAACAUUGUAAUUACGAAGGAAUGCCCUGCUAUUAAAAUUCGAUCAAACCAGGUUAUGUUAACGUCACGUCUUGGAAGUCAGAGGUGAAUUCAUUGAAUACAUAAGACGAUGUUGUCUUUUAUCGCUUACUAUUAUCGAAUCCUAAUUAAAUUCUCGGAUUAUCCACUGUUCGCUUGUGACCUUUGACAUCACGCAUGCAGAAAUUCUUAAUCAUCGGGCUGUUGAUUAGGGGAACCCUUACAUUUUUAUCCUGUAUACUCUCCAUGAGUGUUUUUCGGGGAAUCCAGUAUUUUUCUAGUAAGAUUGGAUAUCUCUACCUUCCAUAUAUACCAAAAUUGCCAUACUUUUAUUGGAAAUAACCACCCUAUAAAUAAUUUUCUGGGAACCCAUCUUUAAGCAGGUUGACAGAUGUUUGUCGUGUGAACUCUUCAUUAAACUUGUUGCGGCCUCAAACAUGUGUUUUAACAGACUGUCUUGCUGUUGAUUUAUUUGACUCAAACCAUGGCUAUGAAAAUCAUGAAGGUGUUGAAAACCAUAACUUGUCUUUAAUUAGAUCAGUUGUCUCGGUUUUCUUCAAACUAAGACAGCAUUGGCAACCUCCACAAGCAAUUUGAUAACUGCAGACACACUUUAACCAAGUCCAUUUUGUUUAACUCUUAACUGACCCAUGUGGACAUUUAUAACAUUACCAUUAAAGUACAUAUGUCGACUUUUGUCGACAUUUCGGUUAGCCAAAUGCAGCAUUCAUAGCUUAAUGAGAGUUACUUCCCAUAUAAACA